CCGAUCGCGCAUCCCCCCACGUGUUUGCUCAGCCCACCAAUGGGUAGACGUGUCGCGUGAACCUGGGUUCGGCCCUUCGCGCGCCUGAGCCAAUCCGAAAGUGCUGUGUGCGCGCGCGCGUGCGUGUGCGUGUGUGUGCGCGCGCGCGCGCGUGUGUGUGGGGUGCGUGUGUGUAUGUGUGCGCGCGCGGGCGCGCGCGGGCGCGCGGGCGAGUGGAGGGGCCCGGCACAGAACUGGGAGGCCCUGCUCGCAGGUCCCGGGGUCCCGGUGGCGGCCGGAGCUCUGGUCCGCAAGCGGCGGGCGGGUGGUCCCCCCAGCGGCCACCCGCGCGUGCGCGGCCGGCCCCCUCCUCCCUCCUCCUCCUUGGCUCCCGCGCGGCGGCGGCGGUUCGUCUCCCCUCCCCCAGCCCUGGCUCCAGGGGACCCCGCGAUGCCGGUCCGUACUGAGUGUCCCCCGCCGGCCGGUGCCUCGGCCGCUUCAGCGGCCUCGCUCAUCCCACCGCCGCCCAUCAACACGCAGCAACCCGGCGUGGCCACCAGCCUCCUCUACAGUGGCUCCAAGUUCCGCGGCCACCAGAAGAGCAAGGGGAACUCGUAUGACGUGGAGGUGGUGCUGCAGCAUGUGGAUAUGGAAAACUCUUACCUUUGUGGAUACCUGAAAAUUAAAGGCCUUACUGAGGAGUAUCCAACGCUUACAACCUUCUUUGAAGGAGAAAUAAUAAGCAAAAAACACCCUUUCUUAACUCGAAAGUGGGAUGCAGAUGAAGAUGUUGAUCGGAAACACUGGGGGAAGUUUCUGGCUUUCUAUCAGUAUGCAAAAUCAUUUAAUUCUGAUGACUUUGAUUAUGAAGAGUUGAAGAAUGGGGAUUAUGUCUUCAUGAGGUGGAAGGAGCAGUUCCUGGUCCCAGACCACACAAUCAAAGAUAUCAGUGGUGCUUCCUUUGCCGGGUUCUACUACAUCUGCUUCCAGAAAUCAGCAGCCUCCAUCGAGGGCUAUUACUACCAUAGGAGUUCAGAAUGGUACCAGUCCCUCAAUCUGACUCAUGUUCCUGAACACAGCGCACCCAUCUAUGAAUUCCGGUGACAAUGGUUCAGAACAACCACCAAAUAAAACUUAACUUGGCAAAAA